AUGGCUGGUAUCAGGAGCCUAGGCGAGACGCAGCCCCAGAGAUUCGACGAGGACGAGGAAGAGGACGAGGAGGAGCAUGAUGAUGAUGAUUAUUGUUGUACAGUAUUUACUUCAGUUGAAUGGGAGCUCGGCGGCGGCGGCGGCGGUUCGAUUCUAGAGUUCUACGUUAUUCCAGUGAAACGUUCUACUCAUAUGGACAAGGGAGAUGAUGAACAGAGACUAGGGGAUAGUAGAACUAAUAGGAAGGGAGGAGGAGGAAGAGUUCGGGGAGGAAUGGUAUCGGGGAUGCUCAGGGAUAAUCAUGAUUACAUCGCCACAAGUAAUGAUGAUAUUCGUCAAGAGCAUUAUGCUACUAGUAAUAGAAGGCAGCAUAAAGAUGAUAAGAAGAGAAGCAAGAAGUCAAUACUACUACUACCACCACAGCCUUCUACUAGUGAUGAUAAUGAUGCUGUAGAGGGUAUAGUAUCAUCAUCAUCAAGAACCUAUCCAUCACUAUUAAAUCGUCUAUUCCCAUUACCUCGAAGUGUUGCUAUCGAAAUACCAGUAGCUAUAGGGAUCAUAAUGUUAGGGAGCAUGUCCUUAUAUCUAGGGUAUAUAUUCAUUCAAGAAGAGAGGGAUGAUAUGAAAAGGGAUGAUGAAGAGUUAAUAACAACUAGGAGGAAGAAGAGGAGGAAGGAAGAGUUGGCAUCAUUCUGGCAACAAUUAGAAUCAACAUCAAGACCAAGAGAGGCACGAGGAGGAGGAGGAGGAGGAUAUGAUAGAGCAACACUUGGUUUUAUUGGAGAUCAGAUCUGUCAAAGAUUCAUUGAAACAGAGGGUGAUGGUGGUGUAUUAUUCGUUAACAUGAGUUGUCUAAUAUGGAAUGUAUGUUUGGAUUAUGUUGCACAUGGUGGUCUUACCUCUAGUACUGAUAGUGAUGAAUUCACCAAUAAAUGCCAUAGUCAUUGUGAUCAUGAUCGUCCUGAUAGUAAGUAA